AAAACGUGGAGAUGCUGAUGAAGUAAAUUUACCCGAGAGUCCCAAGAACGCCCGAAAAGUUUUGCGGCCCCCACGAAGAGCGCCAAAAUAAGCCCCAAAAUACGUACUCCGCCAGCCAAAGAGAAGCAGAAGCCCGCUCUCCCGCUCUCGCACUCGCCUCAGAGCUCCACCAACAGCCAAUCCGACCGGAAAUCGUGUUGAAGCCCUUCUCCUCUGUCAGACCGACCAACUUUGAACUACAGACUCCCAAUUAUCCCGCAAAAUGCCGCAAAAGACAAACGGACACAGCGCCAACGGCUGCAACGGCAGCAACGGAAACUCCUAUGACAUGGAAGACGGAGCCACAUUCCUGUUCACUUCCGAAUCCGUGGGCGAGGGCCAUCCAGACAAAAUGUGCGACCAAAUCAGCGACGCUAUCUUGGAUGCCCAUCUGAAGCAGGACCCUAACGCUAAAGUGGCGUGCGAAACUGUUGCCAAGACUGGCAUGAUCCUGCUGUGCGGCGAGAUCACAUCAAAGGCCGUUGUCGAUUACCAGAAGGUGGUGCGCGAGACAGUCCAGCACAUUGGAUACGAUGACUCCUCCAAGGGUUUUGAUUUCAAAACCUGCAACGUGCUUUUGGCAUUGGACCAACAAUCGCCCGAAAUCGCUGCCGGAGUGCAUGUCAAUCGCGCUGAGGAAGAAAUCGGUGCCGGAGAUCAGGGCAUCAUGUUCGGAUAUGCCACCGAUGAGACCGAGGAGUGCAUGCCCCUCACCGUCGUCCUGGCCCAUAAGCUGAACGAAAAGAUUGCCGAGCUACGCCGCUCUGACGUCUUUUGGUGGGCUCGCCCCGACUCCAAGACGCAAGUCACCUGCGAGUACCUCUUCAACCAGGGGUCAGCAGUGCCGAAGCGAGUCCACACCAUCGUGGUGUCCAUGCAGCACUCGGAGAAGAUUUCGCUGGAGACCCUGCGCUCAGAAGUAAUGGAGAAAGUUGUGAAAGUCGUCAUUCCUGUCAAAUACAUUGAUGCCAACACCAUCGUGCACAUCAAUCCAUGCGGUCUCUUCGUCAUCGGAGGACCGAUGGGUGACGCAGGUCUAACGGGCCGAAAGAUCAUUGUGGAUACCUACGGAGGCUGGGGCGCCCACGGUGGCGGAGCCUUCUCUGGCAAGGACUUCACAAAGGUAGACAGAUCCGCAGCUUACGCGGCUCGCUGGGUAGCCAAGUCACUGGUAAAGGCUGGGCUCUGCAAGCGCUGCCUCGUCCAAGUUUCGUAUGCCAUCGGUCUGGCCGAGCCUCUGUCCAUAACUGUGUUCGACUACGGCACUUCCCACAAAUCACAAAAGGAACUCCUGGAGAUCAUCCGGCGCAACUUUGACCUCAGGCCCGGCAAGAUUGUCAAGGACUUGAACCUGCGUCAACCGAUAUACCAGCGCACCAGCACCUAUGGCCACUUCGGACGCGCCGGCUUCUCGUGGGAGGAGGCAAAGCCUUUGGAAACUGGCAACUGACUAGACGCUGACGCGCCACUACCGCAGUCACCGUGUGCUAAGAGAUGGAAGCCAUCGUCAUCGUCAUCAGCGUCAACAUCAACAGAAACCAUAACACCAACGUAAUUUUUAAUUCGUUUUUAAAGUCAAAAGACGGCGGAGCUAGCUGCAUUGUCAUGCGACUUCCUUUGGGCUUACGUUUCUUACUACACCUGCGCUCUUCGCUAUAUAAUUUAAACCAAUCUGAUGUGUGCAGUCUUUUCACACAACAUUAGUUGUAGACGUGUAACUAUCCGCAUAUAUAUACUUAAUAGAGAGCUCCACCACAAUUGAUGAGCUUUAGUUAUUCAUAUACAUAGUAUAGUGCCGUCACUCAGUUUUGUUAUCACAAAAAUUAAAGUAGUUAGUCUGACCUUCAAAUAUCUGCAAUAUUGGAACUGUAUAAAACUAACAUCCAACGCCAAGAAGUGGUGCACCAUUCUCAUGCCCUAAUUGUACACAUAUUUUUGUAUCUUUUAAUAUUGCUAUAUGUUGUAUAUGUUUAACCAAAAGUUUUUAAACAACUCGAUUGUAUGUAAAUUACACACUGUCUUUGUAUUUUCUGUAACCAACCAACCAACCAUAAGAUAAUGUAUUUUCCUUUACAAAAAUAUAUUAAUAAUACAGAUGAAAAGUUUGUAAUUCAUAAAAGACCUGUUUACAUAGACUUGGCAUUUCCAUUGUGAAAACAAAAGAAAUCAGUGCCAUGUCUGUGUUGCAAUCAAAAACAAAAAUAAAAACAGUCAACUAGUGUAUCCUGCUUCUGGUAUUUGACACAAUUGUGAAAAGAAAAGUUUAACCUGGAAUUAAGUAAUAUUGUACAUGACAAGCUAACUUUUACAUGACAAUGAUCAUUGAAAUAAAUGUAUUCGACUGUUUAAGAUUAAACAAUA